GCUUUGAUGACAUUUUCCCUGCUGAACUCUGCUAUAAAAUGGUCACCUGAGGAAGAAGUGAAAGGAUGUGUGAGGAAUUUGGAUGUGGAGCUGCAUGUUCAUGCCCACAGUGCUGGGUGAAAAAUGAGCAGUCUCUGCAGGUUCAACUUGGUUUUCAUCCUGUGGGUCUCCAUGGCAUUGGUGUGCUCGGGUUUCCCAGCUGGCCCUUCCAUGCGCUCCAACCCUUUCUAUUCCACCUGCCAGCUGCUGGGGAGAUGGGAUUCGUGCCUGCUGCUGCUGAGCCUGUCCCAGGUGGGCAGGGACGGGGGGCCCCCCGUCCCUGGGACCCCUCCCCACAAAAGGUCCUUCCGCAACGGCGUCGGCGCGGGAAUUAAAAAAACUUCCACGCGAAGGGCAAAGUCCUGAGCAA